GAGAGAGAGAGAGAGAAUGGCGGGAGGCAAAGUGAGGAAAGAGAAGGCGAAGGCGGGUGGUGGUGCGGCUGCGACGCCGUAUCAAGGAGGCAUCUCUUUCCACAAGUCCAAAGGUCAGCACAUCCUCAAGAACCCUCUCCUCGUCGACUCUAUUGUCCAGAAAUCCGGCAUCAAACCCACCGAUGUCAUCCUCGAGAUCGGUCCCGGUACCGGAAAUCUCACCAAGAAGCUUCUCGAAGCCGGUAAGAAGGUCAUCGCCGUCGAGAUUGACGCUCGUAUGGUCCUCGAGCUCCAGCGCCGUUUCCAGGGCACUCCUCUCUCCAACCGCUUGCAGAUUAUUCAAGGAGAUGUGCUCAAGACUGAGCUUCCGUAUUUCGAUAUAUGCGUGGCCAACAUCCCUUAUCAAAUCUCGUCACCCCUCACCUUCAAGUUGUUGCAUCACAAACCUGCCUUCAGAUGUGCCAUUAUUAUGUUUCAAAAGGAAUUCGCUAUGAGGUUGAUUGCGCAGCCAGGAGACAAGCUCUACUGUCGUCUCACUGUCAACACCCAGCGGUUGGCUCAAGUGUCUCAUCUCCUCAAAGUUGGAAGGAACAAUUUCCGCCCUCCCCCAAAGGUUGAUUCCUCGGUCGUUCGAAUUGAGCCCAGGAAGCAGUUUGAGGUCAAUGAGAAGGAGUGGGAUGGCUUUUUGCGGAUUUGUUUCAAUAGGAAGAAUAAGACGCUUGGUUCUAUCUUUAGGCAGAAAAAGGUUCUCAGUUUGCUCGAGAAGAAUUAUAAGACCCUGCAGGCACUUAAUCUCAACCCUGAUCAACAGGGUGCCAUGGAGGAGACUAAUGACGUGAUGCAAUUUGAGGAUAUGGAGAUGGAUGAUGAUGAAGCUGAUGAUGAAAUGGAGGUGGAGGAAGGAGGAGAGACAUCUGAAUUCAAAGAAAAGGUUUUGAAAGUGUUGAAGGAUAAUGAUUUUGAAAAUGAGAGAUCUUCAAAGCUGAAAUUACGGGAGUUUGUAACCCUACUUGCUGAAUUCUGCAAGGCUGGUAUUCACUUCUCCUGAGUUUAUGACUAUCAUCUCACUGUUAUAUUGAGAUUACACCUGACCCAAAUUUUGUUAGGUUUCAAUUCAUUUUCUUGUAUUAGUUAGUUUUCUGAAUGUUUCGUAUGAGUGACAAAUGGGUUGAUUAGUUUGAGAUUUAUGCUCAUAUACUACAAACUUCUGCAUCAUAUGUACGAAAACUGUGUUAUAUGAUUUCUUGCAUCA